CGGGGUCACAUGACCGCAGCUCCUGUACAGUAGGAUCCCAAUAUGGCAGCGGCGGCCGGAGGGGAAGCUGGACCCUGCAGCGCUCGGACCUAGGGCCACCCACCGCUCUCCCCCUCGGGACCGGAGCAGCUGCGGCCCCAGCGCCCUGGGCGGAAGGAUCGGCCGGGAGCCUGCGAGCCAGCUGCCCCCAUCGCGUGCGACAUGAGGGAGAAGGGCCGCAGGAAGAAGGGCAGGACCUGGGCAGAGGCCGCCAGAACGUAGGGCUCUGUAGUUGCUUCCUGGUUAACAGUGACUCUUCUCAGGACAAGGGCUGAGGAACUCUACUAGUUGAAUAGAGGAAUUCAUGAAUGUGAACCAGAUGCCACAUACAGCAAGAGGUCCUGGAGAAAUACCCCAAUACUCCUAUGAGCCAUAAAGAGAUUCUUCAAGUUAUCCAGAAAGAAGGACUGAAAGAAAUCAGUGGGACUUCUCCUCUUGCAUGUCUGAAUGCUAUGCUGCAUACAAACUCCCGAGGGGAAGAGGGCAUUUUCUAUAAGGUCCCAGGGAGAAUGGGAGUUUACACACUGAAGAAGGAUGUUCCAGACGGAUUAAAAGAGCUGUCUGAUGGCUCAGAAGAGAGCAGUGAUGCACAGUCAGACUCUCAAAGCUCACAGAACAGCAGCAGCUGCAGCAGCAGUAGCAGUGAUGGUGGCAGUAACAAAGAAAGGAAGAAAAGCAGAUGGAAAAGGAAAGCAAAGUCUGAGAAAUCAUUGGAGUCCAGUGCUGCUGGUGAUAUCACAAGCAAUUCCUGUUUCCACUGUCAAGAGCAGCUACAAUGGCUCAAUGAAGUGCCAUCUAGACUGUCACAGACAUGCUCCCCGCCAUCAGGCUGCCCGUCUCCUUCCAUCCCAGCGGGUAAAGUCAUCUCACCAUCCCAGAAGCACAGCAAGAAGGCACUCAAACAGGCCCUGAAGCAGCAGCAACAGAAGCAGCAGCAAUGCAGAGCAGGCAUGCCUGUAUCUUCUAACCAGCAUCUUCUACUGAAGACUGUGAAGGCAGCCAGUGACUCCACACCUGCUAAACCUGCUUGGGAAGGAAGGCAGUCAGAUGGACAAUCAAGCAGCCCUCAGAACUCCACCUCCAGCUCCUCUCCCUCUGUUAAGGGUGAUAACUCUCUGCCAGGUUUGGGGAAGAAACCAUUCCAGAGAUCUGACAGACUCCAUGCAAGGCAGCUGAAGAGGACGAAAUGUGCUGAAAUUGAUGUGGAAACACCUGACUCCAUCUUAGUGAACACAAAUCUGCGGGCGCUGAUCAACAAGCACACGUUCUCUGUCUUACCUACAGACUAUCAGCAACGGCUGCUGCUGCUGCUCCCCGAGGUGGACAGGCAGGUUGGGGCAGACGGUUUGAUGAAGAUGAGUGGCUCAGCACUCAACAAUGAGUUCUUCACUUCAGCUGCCCAAGGCUGGAAAGAGAGGUUGUCAGAAGGUGAGUUCACCCCAGAAAUGCAACUGAGAAUACGGCAGGAGAUUGAAAAGGAGAAGAAAGUGGAGCUAUGGAAGGAACGAUUCUUUGAGAGUUACUAUGGUCAAAGUUCUGGAAUGAGUCCUGAAGAAUCCAAGAGACUGACAACAUACACCAGCACUCGUGACACACAGGCCAGGAAUCCACCAGCUGAACAGAUGAAAUGCAUGCUAGUCUCCAAGGCACCACCCAGUAAAGAAGAGAGAACUCCUCUGUCAGAGUCUAAAGCACAAGCAGUGCAGGUGCCACCACCAGCAGGGAAAAAAGGAGGAGAGGAAAGAAGAGAAGAUGUGCAUCCCCAAUCAGGCAAACCUGCAGCAUCAGUAAAUUCCUCAGAUAACAAUGCUCUGAAACUUAAUGACCAAACUCUCUCUAGGCCUCUGAAGGGUACUAAGGAAUCCAUGCAAGAGAAGCCACAAGCUGCCUCUGGUCAGAAGGCAGACGAAGAAAGACAGCAUGUUCCAUCCAAGGAUCUGUCAGUAAAGGAGAACACAAGCACCUCAGCCUUGGCCCCAAACAAACCAAAGAGCCCCAAAGCAGGCGAAGCAGUGGCAAGCAUGGCAAGUCAAGUGACUCCACAGGACACAUCUAAAAAGGAACCCCCUGCAACUGAACAAAUGGAUGUCAGUGCUGAGGGCCUCAAGAGGAAGUCAGAGAGUCAGGAGGAAGCACCAAUCAGUCCUGAAAAAAAGCCACGAGUCAUGGACAACUGCCAGUACCAGCAGUCAUUUCGGACCCAACCGCAGUCCUUUCCUGCAGCUGGGGAGGGGGCACAGGGGCGAAAGGUUCCCCCACUCAAGAUUCCUGUCUCCAGAAUCUCCCCAAUGCCAUUUCUUGCUAGCCAGGUCUCUCCCAGGGCUUACUUUCCAACCUCUGUCACCAGUCCUGGAAGAACAGGGGCCAGGACUUUGGCAGACAUCAAAGCAAAAGCCCAGCUGGCCAAGGCCCAGAGGGCAGCUGCUGCAGCAGCAGCCGCUGCCGCUGCUGCCUCCAAUGGAGGAGCCAUCCCAGGGCCUGGUCCAGGAGGUGGUGGUGGCCCAGGAGGGGGAGGAAGAGAGGAGAAGAGUAGUACAGCAACAAAUGGAACCAAUGAAACUGGAAUUAAGGGCAGUGCACUGGAACUGGCAGGAACUGGAAGCGGGGGAAGUACGAGAAGGCCUUUUCCCCAUUGUCCAGGGACCCAUUCCCAAGCGGAGACCCAGGCCACAAAGUGGACAGCACCUCUCAGUGUCUCUAGAGCACAACUACAGCAAACGCCCACAAUACAAUCCAGAACUGCAACCAGCAACAAAGGCAAAGAUUCAUCAUCACCAGCUCCACCAGCAUUAGAGAAAAUGAACAGAAUAAAAGUGAGCCCUCCAAAUGUGACUGUAAGUCAGGUUUCCAGACCAUCCGUGGUCUCAGGCCACAUAUAUACUCUCAGUAAUGACAGACAAGAGAAAGCACCUUCAGCUCCAGCAGGUCUAAGCCAGAUCUCAGGGGCACCACCUGUCAGGGAUGAAGCAGUCUAUGUCAAUGUAUCCAGAGCAGGUGCUGACAAAAAUGUGACUAAGUCAGCACUUACUGCCACAGAAGAGACCAGCUUAAGUAUUCCUAAGAGCAAACCUCUUUCCCCUCUCAUGUCUUCGCUGGCAGUGGUAACCUCAGAAAAUCAGGCUGGUGUUAUGGUAGCAUCUACUAUCUCUACUCCAUCCUAUAGCACUUUGUCAGUAGCCCCUAGCCUUAAAGUACAUAUAGCUCCCUUGAGCACAAGUGGGCCCCUUCUGAAGACAAGCUCCAAUAUUCCUGCUAACAAUCCCUUGGUCACCCAGCUGCUCCAAGGAAAAGAUGUCCCAAUGGAACUAAUCAUGCCUAAGCCUCUCACCAAAGUAGAAAUGAAAACUGUCCCAUUAGCUCCAAAUGAAUCAAAAGGGUCGGCAUUUUCCAUUGCCACAAGCACAGCUGGGAAUGGCUCUGGAGGGGAAAGUAGUGAGAGACAAUCAAAUGUAGCCAUGCAGCAAUUUGGAAAGAUAUUUUUCCCAAGCAGGCAGUUGCCCCAUGUUCCAAGGACCUUUCCCCUCUUUUCCGGAAAGGACCUGAGGAGCACUAGUAUUGACCAAUACCAGUGCCAAGAGGCACUCAACAAAGCCACUCAAGAGCAGAUCCUUCAGACUCUUAUCAAGCGGGUUCAGAGGCAGAAUCUGUUCUCAGUCCUGCAGCCUUCACAGCUCAGCCUCGUUCACUCAGGUUUCCAGUUAGACAACAGCUCCACCAGUCAGAGAUUCAUGCUGGGUUUCAUGGGUAGGAGGACAUCCAAGCCUGCCAUGUCUGGCCAUUACCUGCUGAAUAUUUCCACCUAUGGUCGUGGGUCGGAGAGUUUCAGGAGAGGUCUGUCCAUGAAUCCUGAGACCCGCUUGUGUCGGAAUGAUCCUUCUGAUGAUCCAAAAAUAGAAUUUGGGGAAUGUGAAGAAAUAGCUGGCAAUGGUAGCAGCAGUGAUGAAGGAGAUGCAGAUGAUGAGAGUACUGGUGAUGAACGUGAACAUAUCAUUGUAAAAGAGGAAUCCCUGGUUUCCCAAGUCUCUGGCCAGCAUGAAAGAGAACAGGUAUCACACAGUGUAAACGCUUCUUCAGACUACAAUGUGCCUGUUAGACAGAAUGUAAAGAAGGAGGCCGUCUUAUCUCAGCAAGCAGCAGACAGCCAGGAGAGUGUUCACCAGUUCCCAGGAGGCCAGGUGUUUGAUGGAACUGCAUUAGCAAGAGAUUUAAUUCAGGCAGCCCAGGAGCAAAUGGCACAUGCUAUGAGGGGAAAAAUGAUGCACAGCAAUCCUGAGGCUUACAGUGCUUCUGCACCAUCUUCAGACUCUGUGUUGCAGCAGCCUCCACUGCUUUCCCAUUCGCAUCCUCCAAAGCUAUAUGGAAACACUGCAGCACAGCUCAUUGGUCCUAGUUACAGUGGCACUAUAAAUGUCUCCACCUCUCCAGAUGUGAACCAAGGGUCUCUCAUGACCGGGCUAUCCAAGUGCAAUCAGUUGGCCAGUAGCAUGGGGAACGUCAUGUCUUUCUCUGUGACUGUAACCACCAUUCCCGCCAGCCAGGCUGUGAACCCUGGCAACCACAAUCAGACCAUCCCAGUUCAAGCCUUUGGUGAUGACAACAACAUGGAGGAUUCGCCUUCUAAAUGCUACUGCAGGUUGAAAGCCAUGAUCAUGUGCAAGGGUUGUGGUGCCUUCUGCCAUGAUGACUGCAUCGGCCCCUCUAAGCUCUGUGUCUCCUGCCUUGUAGUACAGUAACUGAGACAUAUGGGAUGAGGAGAAGGUUGGCUUGGUUUUGUGCCUCCUUUUGAAAUUCUUUGCGGGAAGAAAGAGGAGUUUUACUGCCUUGCACAAGAGACACAUUACUGAAUCAGGAAUACAGAGUAGCGUUCUUCUUUCAUUGAAGAAAGAGCACCUUGUUGUAUAGUGAGUCUAAGUGAGCUCAGCUGUGUGAAUUGUGACAAGAGUUUGCACUUAAGGAAUCAUGUAAAUAUGUCACAUUAUUUUGUUUAAAAAUUAUUUUUUCAA